UCUUGGCUCCGCACGUAGAUCGCGCCGAUCGAACCGCUCCGUCCCCGACGGUGCCGCGGUGCGGAGCCGGGGUGGAGGUCCAUAUGCUGAAAGGUCUCUCAACUGGAGUUUUGGAGGUGCAAACAGACAAGGGUAUCUCACAGGCCUUGCGCGGAGCAUGGCUGCAGAUUGGCAGCUGCGUGCCGGGCCAGGAGUGCUACACAGACCAGAUCCACUUGCUCAUGCUCUUGAUGCUGUUGAUCCUGGCCAUUGUCAGUAUGCUUUGCGCCUUCGGAUUCUUCCGAGAGGACAAAGAUGAGAUGUUCACUCCCCUCACGCCCCAGCUGGUGGUGAAGAAGGAGGCCCAACUCACCCUGCGCCUGCCAUAUGACACGCAGGAAGACAGCUUUAGCAUCACCAGACUUGGUGGGGAAGUAUUUUGCAAGGUCGAGGCUGAAUGGCCGGAUCCCUUCCGGGACUCCUCCGCUUCGGCGGCAGGUGUCUUGGGCACCAUAAAGAUCCAGAGUGCGAGGGGAAACACUAUUGCUUUGGUGAGAGCCAGGCAUAGCACCAUGGGCCAAAGCUUGCAGCUUUGUCGACCGACGGUCCACGACUACAUGACCGACAUGUUCGCGUUCGUGGAGCCCGAGGGAGAGAACCGUUUCUGUAUCCGCCAUAGGACCGGCUACCCCCUCCUGACGCUGCAGGGCAACUUCCAGGGCCCAGGAGUUCAUGUGCAAGGCCGGAACAAGGACAAGGCCCUGAUCUGCGAGUUGAAGGCGGGGUUGGGUGAUCUGUACGAGUGCUUCGUGCUGCAGUAUGUGGAUGCAGGGCUGGUCAUUGGCGGCCUCAUGGCCGUGCGGCUCCAACAUCAGAUCAUGGAGAGAGCGUCGCAGGUAUCUCCUGGGCGGGAGCUGGCCAGUGAAGAAGGUCAUGUCACUGGUGCGCACGAAGCGGAGGAGGUGACCAGUGUGCCAGGAGCUCCUCUUGAAGGAUCAGAGGAGCUUCCGGCGAGUCCGGCCUAGAGCGCCGGCGAGGCCGCUGUGCAACGUUGGAUCCCUGAGACUCUGAGCGAUCUGGGACGCCCGGAUCCUCUCGCAGAUCGCAGAUUCUGCGAUCCCUCGGUUUCACCACCCCGGUCGGUCGAGGUUGGAGCCCUUCAGAGCCCUUCGGAGCCUUCGGACCCUUCACGUCGAUGUUUUGUUUGGUACUUGGACCCCAUUCGUUUGGGAUACCCUUGCUAGACUCCC